GGCGGUGGAGCGGGCCAUGCGGUACGUGGCCCUGAGCAACCUCUCCGCCGCCCUCAUCCAGUUCCCCCUCACCUACCUCCUCAUGCAGCAGACCCCGCAGCACCCGCACCCGCAGCUGCAACAACAGUCGCACGGGGCAGCAACCCCCGGUGCGGCGGCGGUGACUGAGACACACGCCGGGGCGCCAGCGGACAGCAGCGGUAGCAGCAGCACUGCCCCCUCCGCUGCAGCCGCCCGCAGCGCUGCUGCCGGCCCCCACCCCCACCCCCCACAGCCGCACCGGUGGCGGGCCCUGCUGGCGGGGGUCUUCACUCCGCCCACGUGCGCCAGCCUGGCGGCAGUGGGGGUGGCGAGCGUGGACUGGAUGCAGCACGCGCUCUUCCGCCCCACCGGCUGCCUCAGACUGGUAGGUGAGGUGACGGACGCGCUGGGGGCCGCAUGCAUCCCCCUGCUACUGCUGGUACUGGGAGCAAACCUAGCGCACGGACCCGCCGGGUCGGUCGGCGGCUCGACGACCCAUGGGUCGUCGGACAAGGAAGGCCGCGAAGCCGGUAGCGACGGCCUGUCGGCUGCACAUGUGGUGGCGGUUGCGGUGACGCGGCUGCUGGUGCUGCCGGCG